UUUCACCAUACUGUUGUCUGAUGACUGUCAACUCACUAACUCUCUGGAAGUUUCAAACAACAUACUUGGAACAUAUUUAUAUUUCCUUUCUGUAAGGUCGUGAAGCAGCGGUGUACUGUCUAAACAGUCUCUGUGUGAAAGGUGGAGCCUGUGCUCUGCAUCUCUCAGCAUGGGCCCCAAGAAGAAAAGUGUCUGGGAGAACCUGCGUGAGAAGACCAAGACCCAGUUUAACAACAUAAAGAAGAAGACAACCCCGGGGAAGCUGGAUGAGAAAAAGCCCAAGCCCCUGCAUCAUAGACGCAGUAUGUCAGUGCCGGACCUGAGAAUGAGUGCACCUGUGGAGACACAAACUCUCUAUGAUGAAUCAGAAGAGGAGGACAUGGCAACUUUUAUGGGCAGAAUCGACAUGCCAUCAGACAAAUGGAACACACCUGCAGAGAGAUCAACUUCUUCUGCUUCUUCUACUUCAGCAGAAAGAGUAAAAAUACCAGCGGACAGAGGGAACCCACCCGUACCUACCCCGAAAUCAAAUGCUCCAAAUAUACAUGUGUGCACAACAAGAUUGACUUCAUCAGUUGAGGGAAUUAAUGUUUCUACAGAAAGAUUGCUCUUCUCUGAAGACAGAGUGGCCGCUAGGGACCGAGACAGAUUGAACAUCCCUCCAGAUAGAUGGUCUCUGCCAGUGAACAGGGCGGACAGCAUGGGCACCCCUGCUGACAGUAUGGACGGUUCUGCGUGUGGAACCCCAUUAGAGAAAGAACCCUACAAGUUCUGGCCCACUGACUCUGAGGACUUGGAUAUGCCAGAGCCCCCCGUAUCCACAUACAUCAGAGACAUCUUCUGCAGGGAGCUUCAGGAAGACAUUGAGUUACCCAACGAGCACAAUGACUUCUAUGCCCAGCCCUUGCAGGAUCAAGCAGGCAACAAUGCUAUGGCAGCAGGGAGCCAGCCUGGUCCUAUUCAGAAGUACCUCCUCACUAUCAACCUGAAGGAGGGCAGGAACCUGGUCAUCAGAGACCGUCACGGUACAAGUGAUCCUUAUGUCAAGUUCAAACUGGAAGGAAAGACAUUUUACAAAAGCAAAGUUGUGCAUAAGAACCUGAAUCCAAAAUGGAGUGAGUCCUUCUCUUUCCCCCUGCAGGAUUGGGAGCAGGUUGUCGACGUGAGGGUCUAUGAUAAGGACCGUACCACUGAUGAAUUCAUGGGUUCCAGCACAAUUGUGAUCAAAAACCUUGAAUUAGACAAGACCAGUGAGAUGGUGCUAAGUCUGGAGGACCCCAGCAGUCUGGAGGAUGACAUGGGCGUCAUCGUCAUUGACACAUGCCUAACUUUCAGAGAUGCUACGAUCAAAAGACCAAAACGGCACCAGAAAAAUAGAAGAAGAUUUAGGGGAGGCCAGAACCAGAAGGGGGACCAGCCCCAGGAUAAGGACCAGACCCAGGGUUCAGCUGAGGCCACCAAUAUGAGCCAGCUGUGGAGUGGCGUGUUUGGUAUUACCCUGUUAGAGGGACAGGACAUGCCUGAAUACAGCCAGGGAGACAUCUAUGUGCGUAACAGACUGGGAGAGCAGAAGUACAAGAGCAAGAACCUGCGCAUUCAGGCCAACCCUCGGUGGAGGGAGAAGUUUGACUUCAACAAGUAUGAGAACUGUCUGGAGCCACUGAAUGUGGAGGUGUUUGUUAAGAGAGGCAGGAAGAGUGAGGAAUCCUGGGGAAUGUUUGAGGUGGACCUGUCCAAGCUGCCAGUAAACACACAGCAGCUCUACACACAAGCCCUGGACCCAGGCAAAGGCAGGCUGAUAUUACUGGCCACCUUCAACCCCUGCAGUGAUGUCUCCAUAUCAGACAUUAACAAACCUCCCCUAGAACAGCCAGACGAGAGGGACCAAAUACUGGAGAAAUAUAGUUUGAAGAACUCUCACAAAUUUGUGAGGGAGGUUGGCUUCCUUCAAGUCAAGGUUUUCAAUGCAACAGAUCUCACAUCAACUGAUCUCAAUGGGAAAAGUGAUCCAUUCUGUGUACUGGAGCUGGGGAACAGCAGGCUACAGACUCACACCAUCUACAAAACACUCAGCCCCGAGUGGAACAAAGUCUUUACAUUCCCAGUAAAGGACAUCCAUGAUGUGUUAGAGCUGAAGGUCUUUGAUGAAGACGGAGACAAAGCCCCAGACUUUUUGGGCAGAGUGGCCAUUCCACUACUCUCUGUUCAGAAUGGACAGCCGGUCACCCGAGGGUUGAAGAAUGAGAACUUGAGGGGUCCAGCCAAAGGGACCAUCUCACUGGUGAUGGAGGUCCACUAUAACCCAGUUAGAGCCGGCAUCAAAACCUUCAAACCAAAAGAGGAGAAAUUCAUGGAGGACAACAGAAAAUUCUCCAAAAAGGUCCUUGCCCAGAAUAUCUACAGAGUUCGGAAAAUCACCCUGGCAGUGCUGCAUACGUUACAGUACAUUAAAAGCUGUUUUCAGUGGGAGAGCACACAGCGGAGUAUAAUAGCCUUCCUGACCUUCAUGCUGAUGGUGUGGACCUGGGAGCUCUUCAUGAUGCCCAUCUUCCUGCUGCUGCUUAUUGGCUGGAACUACUUCCAGGUCACCCCGGGGAGGGUCAGCAGCAAUCAGGACCUGACGAACAUGAACAUGACCUCACAUGAUGAGGAGGAAGAUGAGAAGGAAUCUGGGAAAAAGGGACUGAUGGAGAAAAUCCAUAUGGUUCAAGAGAUCAUCAUCACUGUCCAAAACAUUUUGGAUGAAAUCGCAUGCAUAGGGGAAAGAGUCAAGAACACAUUCAACUGGUCUGUGCCCUUCCUGUCCUGCCUGGCCUGUUUGGUUCUCUUUGUGGCAACAGCAGCAUUAUACUACAUCCCACUGCGCUACAUUAUCUUCAUAUGGGGCAUUAACAAAUUUACCAAGAAGCUGCGCAACCCGUAUGCCAUUGACAAUAAUGAAAUACUGGAUUUCAUCAAGAGGGUGCCCUCUGAUGUUCAAAAGGUGCAGUACAGCGAGCUGAGAGCGCCCAGCGUCCAGAGCCCACCACGAAGGAGAAGGUAAGCCCCUUGGACGUGCUGGAUGAAAGGACCAGGCUCCUUCUGAAAACGGCGCAGCCCAGUCUGCUACGAUGACAACGCUCCAGUGCCAGCAGAACCUGCGACCCCUUAUCCCCUUGCUCCCCCCUCUCCCCUGCCCUGUGCUGUGGGGGUGCAGUCAGCCGCUCUCCCGCUUGUGUGUCUGCCACCCCCCUGACAGGGGCUGUGCACUGCACCGGGCUAGGAGGACAGCACAUGGAGCUGUCAAUCAUAGAGCCAGAGACACCGUCCGCCCACUCCUGCCCAGCUUGCAUCCAUUCAUGCAUUUUAUAAAAAGAAUGAGAGCUAGAGUUUGGUUUAACUCAAACCACUGCUGUUUUGCUUUUAUAGAUUUGAAUAGUAACACCUUGAUCAGACUUGACAGCCUCAUUGCAUCAAGGCUGCCUAAAAUAUUCUGCAGUCAAACUUUUUUCAUUACGUAAUCCAACAUUUGUGCUGCAACAAAAGUUAAACAUUCCCCUUUUGCUACUAUUUCUGUCAAGUCUAUGCAUACAAUUUGAUGUUUACAUUGGAUUUAUCCAACAUACGCACCACCACACGAAACACACUGCAACUGCCUCUGCAACGCAAUGCUGCAAGUCAAACACAGCGUUACAUUGGAAAUUAAUGUACUUCUGAUGUACAAAAUGCGCCUUCGGUCAGAUCACCACGUUCAACUGAACUGCUGCAAUGCUUUGACUCAUUUACAUUUUCAUUUCAUAUAAGGGCAAAUACAAUACUGUAACUGUGCUAAAUCCAGUUAUUACUUUGUGGUCACAUUUAUUUAUUAUUAUUAUGUAUUUUUUUUAUUAACCCCCCUCUUCGGAGGACACAUCUUGUUUAUUUAUUUACAGCUUUUCUGCUACAAUUAACAAAUCAAAUCAAAUUGUAUUUGUCACAUGCGCCGAAAACAACAAGUGUAGACCUUACCAUGAAAUGCUUACUUACAAGC